CGCCGACACCCUGCGAAGGUGAUCCUGUCGUGGAGAGCGGGUAUAUAAGUUCCGCAGCAUCUUCAGGACAUCACACUUCCGACCACACACUCAGUCAACAUGCAGCUCGUAAUCUUGGCCUGCCUCGCUGCCGCAGCGGUCGCCGCCCCACAGUACCGGGAGGACGACCCUCGCCACAUUGCUGUGUUGAGGGACGAGCGUCAGGACUCCGGCGAUGGCAACUUCAACUAUAAUUUCGAGACUGAAAACGGCAUUGCUACGAACAUCGUGGGCCGACCCGGCUCCCCCGGCCAGAACAUACAGGGAACCUUCAGGUACCCUUUGGACGAUGGGACGAUCGCUGAGUUCAGGUUCACUGCCGACGAGAAUGGGUACCUGGUGCAGUCCCCCAUCAUCCCCACUCCCCACCCCCUACCCGCACACGCCGUCGAACAGAUCGCCAUCGCCGAGGACCAGCGCCGUCAGGGCAUCAAGUUCAACGAACAGGGCCACAGGAUCUAAGGUGUAUCUCCCAGCGCCGCUGGUAGUCUCUGAAUGCAUUAUUUCGGUUAGAGAAACGUGGAUCGGAAUGAUCUUUGAGGAUCUCCAGAGUGAUCACGGUCAACAACGGAGGGUAUUAGAUGCAUUUUAAGAGUUAAGAAUGUUCACUGAAACGUCUUCAAGAGACUCCUCGCACUCUCCUACUCACUCAGUUAUGGAUUACUUCGACUACCAGUAAGACCAGGCGCAACGCAACCCCUCACUGACUAUUCUCUCACGAACAACUCUCAUCAACUUCGUGCUGUACUAACUUAUGCCGUCUACGGUGCUACUGUAACAAGCAGUUUGGAUGGUCCAGCAUCAUCCUUGUCAAAAUCUACACUUGCAUGUCGUUUAAUAAAGUGUCAAGCAAAG